AUGAGCUGCCUGACGGUGCCCGGUGUCCACCCCGGCUCACCCAGCCGGCCCCGCGGGCAGAUACAGGUGAUCUUCGGGCCCAUGUUCUCCGGGAAGAGCACGGAGCUCAUGCGGCGAGUGCGACGGUUCCAGCUCGCCCAGUACCGGUGCCUGCUGGUGAAGUAUGCCAAGGACACGCGCUACAGCUCCUCGGGGGUCUCCACACACGACAGGAGCACCAUGGAAGCCCUGCCCGCCGGGCUCCUCCAGGACGUGUACCAGGAAGCGCUGGGUGCCGCCGUCAUCGGCAUCGAUGAGGGCCAGUUCUUCCCAGACAUUGUGGAGUUCUGCGAGACAAUGGCCAACACUGGGAAAACCGUCAUUGUUGCUGCUCUGGAUGGGACUUUCCAGAGAAAGGCCUUUGGGAGCAUCCUGAACCUGGUGCCGCUGGCGGAGAGCGUGGUGAAGCUGAACGCAGUGUGCAUGGAAUGCUUCCGGGAGGCCUCCUACACCAAGAGGCUGGGAGCAGAGCGGGAGGUUGAAGUGAUUGGAGGAGCUGACAAGUACCAGUCCGUGUGCAGAGCCUGCUACUUCCGCAUGCGACCCCAGCAGGCCGGGCCAGAGAACAAGGAGAACGUGCCCCUGGGCCUGAGGCAGCUGGAGACAGCUGUCCCUCGCAAGAUCUUCACUUGACAGCUGGGAAAAUGGAGGAGAAGGGAGCUCAGGGCUCAGCUCACAGGUGCUGGAAGGUUGUCGCUUCCUUAUUCUCUGCAAAAGUGGUUUUUCCUGGUAGGCUCAGAGCAGUAGCUCUUUGUUCUGGCCAAGCCAGGCCUCUGCAUCUGAGUCCAGGGCUGCUGUUUGUCGGUGCCCUGGAGGGCUCCAAGAGCUGCCUGAACUGCCCCUGCUGCCACCACGUUACAGUUGAGAAUACUCAUGAGCACCAAGCCUGGGCUUU